GUGAUUAUGAUUCAUGCAUGGUUCUCUUGUUAUGAGUAGUCACAGAAGAUGAGGAAAAUGAACCUGAGACGGACAAGGGUAUGGAUUUACAAGAAAUUCAGAAGGAUAUGGAAGUCACACCUAUAAAGAAGACAACAAAGAGAAACAGUGCACCAUCAAAAAAGAAGCAGAAUAAAAAUAAACAGCCUCUCAAUUCAACUGCAUUAUUCAUCACACAGACGGACUUUGAAGAGCAAUUUCCAAGUGUCUCCUCCAUUAAAAAGUCAGUGACAAAACCUAAGGAAGACCAGCUACUGAGUUCACCCUUCCAAAUGACAGUAUCCCAACCAGUAGAGGAAAUGAAGCGAUUAACUAGCACACCAACGUGUUCAGGGAAACAUCAGUUAGAGAUAGACUUGUCGGCCAUUCAGCCACCUGUGCAGGACGAUGAACUGGAUAUUUACUCCUCCACUGUGGUGAAUUCCAUGGAGAUUGUUCCACUUUAUGAUAGCAUAGAGUUGCCUCCUCCAAUAAAUGCAGAGCAGAUCUUGCAGUUUAAUAAGGAGUCUACUGAAAAGGCCAAAGCAACAGAAGAUCAUGUGAAAAGAAGAGUGACAAAUGUUCUGGCAAAACACAGUGAACUCUUUAAAUUCAAAUCAAAAGUUUCGGAAAUUCUACAUAAAACCAAGGGAGUUGACAAUAGAAAGGAUAAAGCAAUGGAUGAGUCAGAUGAGAAAAGAAAUGAUAGCAUGUUUAAGAACCUGGACGACGCCACAGAAAAAGGGAGUGGGAAACAGAGAAUGUCUGAGGAAGUUUGUGAACAAGCAGAUGUAGAAGAAAGUGGUGCGAGAGAAAGGACUGAAGAUAAUUCCAUAAACAAUGGAUCGGGUCAAAGCAAGCAGAGGAGGUUGUCUUACAGUGAUCUGAGUAUUCAUGAAGAGUUUGAUUUAAGCACAGAAAACACUGAAGCCAUGAAUAAUAGUCCAUCUAACUGUCAUUCAGCCAAGAAGUACAACACUCCAGGUGACAAAGAAGAUAUUUCUGUACACAGGUAUGGUAACCAUCUUAUUUCUGAUGAAGUUGAUAUCUUCUAUAAUCAGCAAGAAAUCUCGGAAGAGGAAAGUUUUAAGAAUCAGAGAAGAGAUGAAAUUUCAGAGAAAUUCACCACAAAAUCAUUUAGGUGUUCUACCAUAUCUAGAGAAGCACAGUCAUCUAAUAUUACCAAGAUAAGGAAACAGACAGAGAGUGGGAAAAGUUUUGUUCCAAGGGAUGCUCUGUGUUCUUUGAAACGUCUCUUCAGAAAGCAUGUAGUUGUCAAGAAGUGUGUUUACCCAAGACAUAUUUUUGAUGCUUCAAAAAUAGCAGUAGACGACAUCUUGAAGAAUUUUAUGUGAAGACACCCUAGAAAUAUCCUUUUUUCCAGCCUGUACUAGACAUGCAUGUUAUCCAUGAAAAGAUUGACAUUUUAUUGAUAGACAGGAGAGAUGACGUUAUACCAUGAACAGGUUGACAGAUUCAGUUAUUGGCGAAAUUGUCAAAUGCAAGUGUUUGAAAUACAUUAUAUUUUUGUGUGUUACCCAUGAUGUUUGGCUUAUCGUCUUAAGCGACCUUGGGAUCUUCUCUUGUAACAGCCACAGUUUGCAUCAUUCUGUUAUCAUCAGCCACAGUCUGCAUCAUUCUGUUAUCAUCAGCCACAGUCUGCAUCAUUCUGUUAUCAUCAGCCACAGUCUGCAUCAUUCUGUUAUCAUCAGCCACAGUCUGCAUCAUUCUGUUAUCAUGUCUUUGUAUCUUUAAAUGUGUGUCAGUUUUACACUGAUUUUCUCUUAUGUACAGUGUAUGAUGCACCUGAAGUUUUGUCAUUGAAAAUUGGAAUAGUGUGAUAAUAUAUUGUGCUACACAAUAUACAUUGUACAUAUAUUUAUAAGUUGAUUGCAUACAUGUACUUUCAAGUACUUAGAUAUUAUCAUUACCAUCAUCAUCAUGCCAAGUGGUUGGUAGAAUGUAAUAAAGCCAUUGUUUUGUGCCUGAUGGUAACUUUGAUGUACCAUUAUUUACAGGUUACAGGAAUGUUGAAAAAAGUGCUUAUUGUAUUUACAUAUGUAUAUCUGUGAUUUGAUAGUUUAAAUCUGUGAUUUGAUAGUUUAAAUCUGAUUUGAUAGUUUAAAUCUGUGAUUUGAUAGUUUAAAACUGUGUGAUAAAUAGUUUAAAUCUGUGAUUUGAUAGUUUAAAACUGUGUGAUAAAUAGUUUAAAUCUGUGAUUUGAUAGUUUAAAUCUGUGAUUUGAUAGUUUAAAUCUGUGAUUUGAUAGUUUAAAUUUGUGAUUUGAUAGUUUAAAUCUGUGUGAUAACUGUAACAUGUGAUGAGUCUGUGGUAAUGUGCAAUUAUACAUCAAUUAUUUUCAAUACAAAUGUAUAGGUUUAUGAAAAAGACUUAAAACAUAUCUUUCAUUGAAUGAACAUUCAACAGUUAAUGGUUAGCAUAGAUAUACUACUUUACAUAAUUAUUUUCAAUAUGCACAACCGUACUGUAUAUAUGGUUUUCUGUACAAACAUGGUUUGUGCAAUUUUUGUAAAAUUCAAUAUAUGAUUUAGUCAUUCAAUAAUUAAAUUUUAAA